AAUCAAAGAUGCAUUUCCCGCACGCAAUAUUUUUCCCCCACUGCCACCUGACAGCUCGACCGCGUUUGACGAUCCCAGCAUCCCGUCGUUUACAUGGACGCGGAGGCCUAUCUUAAAAGCCAUGGCUGGCAAGGUGCUGGACAUUCCCUCGACCGAACCGGCCGUGGCAUCAAAAAACCUCUCCUCAUCUCGCAGAAAGACAACGUGCUAGGAUUGGGGAAACCGAAGUCGCUGACGAGCGAUCAGUGGUGGUUGCGAGCGUUCAAUGACUCGUUGAACGAUAUUGGUACCGGGAAACAAAGUGCACUCUCGCAGAUUCGAGAAGGCGGCGUUAGGAGGGGUGGACUCUACGGGUUCUUUGUGAAAGGCGAGAGUCUACACGGAACUAUUCACGAAACCUCUAUCGAAGCUGCUCUAUCCACUAUAUCCACAGCCGCUGUACCGAAGCCAGCCUCUGCCGAUACCUCGAAGCGGAAGCGCAAAGCUGCGGACUCGUCACAAGGCGACACACGAAAGCGAACGAAGAUGGACCGAACGGAGCGAGCCCAUCUCAACGACUCGAGCAGGAAAGACGAGACCAAAUCGAAGGACGUUCCGGAUCGCGCCGUGGAACAACGGCAGAGGAAGGAGCGGAAACUCAAUCGCCGAGUGAAGCGUCUGAUCAAGCAAGAAAUGGCCGAGGGGAAAUACGGUCUCGCUCCACCGCAUCGGAGUCACUCUUCAGAUGAAGCAAAGGCUGCUAAGGAGUUGAAGAAGGAGGCGAAGAAGGCUCACAUGAAGCGUCUGUGGGUGGAGUACUUCCCUGAGGAGAAAUAUGACGAGACUGGAGAAGAAGAGUUGGUAGAGGAAGACGAGAAGAGGGAGAAGAAGAAAAAGGGGGAGAAAGAGAAGAAGGAAAAGAAAGAGGAGAGAAAGUCGAAAGCACCAGCGAUGAACGGCGUCCUGAAUCUGAAGCCUGAGGAGCCCGAGAAUCCAACGCUGACCGAAUUUCAAGCCUCUCGUGCCACCGCGCUCCAGCACCGCGCCCCAUCCCCCACAUCCAAAUCCGCCACCCGGCCCGAGAAGCGCAACUGUUCAGCGGACCCAUCCUCACGCACGUCGAAGAAGAACCGCCGAGAGGAGAAACCAGCGCACGUCGACUCAAGCGCCGCGCUGUCGACGAAGCAGCAGAAACGCUACGCUGCGCGUGCAGCGGAGAAGGGGAUGGCGCUAGAGACGUACAUCGCGCGUCGCGAGGCGAAACGAGUCGGAGCGGGGGCGAAAGGUUCGGGGAAUGGGCACGGCCAUGGGGAUAUCACGAGGGACGCGAAGAGUGCGCCGAUUUGCUUUGUUGAUGUUGUUGGGGAGAAUCCGGGGAGACGCGAAGGGCGUUGAUGGUGAUCCGGUUACGAUCGAUGUCGGAUUCGACGGCCAGGGGCUCCGGUUUGGGUUGUAGGGUUGUUGGAGUGGUUUUGGCAUGUUAGUAGACGAGAUAGAUAGAAUGGUGCUGAUGAGUGUGAGCGAAUCCAGACAACUGUUC